CGUAAUCUGUGCCUCUGAUUGGUUGAAAUGAUGAUCAGGCGGAGAUUUCCGUUAGGCAACCUAAGUUUAAACAAGGGGGCGGGAUGUGAUUUAAAAAAUUCGUUCAGGAGUCGGUUAGUGUUGUUGACUGCAUUGAACACAGCCGAUCUGACGCGAUGGCCUCUCAGAAUAUGGAUCCCGCAGCAGCCGCGUCCACAGCAGCGCUGAAGGGCAGCGAGACGAGCGGAAGUGUGUCGAAAGGAUCCGUCUCUAAAAGGCUUCAGCAAGAGCUAAUGACGCUAAUGAUGUCAGGAGACAAGGGGAUUUCAGCGUUUCCAGAGUCUGACAAUCUCUUCAAAUGGAUAGGCACGAUAGAUGGAGCUCAAGGAACGGUUUAUGAAGGUUUGAGGUACAAACUUUCACUGGAGUUUCCUAGCGGGUACCCCUACAACGCCCCUCGGGUGAAAUUCAUCACUGCUUGUUUCCACCCAAAUGUUGAUGAGAAUGGUUUCAUCUGCCUAGACAUUUUGAAGGACAAGUGGUCUGCACUUUAUGAUGUUCGCUCCAUACUACUGUCCAUUCAGAGUCUACUAGGAGAACCCAACAAUGAUAGUCCAAUGAACUCUGCAGCUGCUGAACUAUGGGAUGACCAGGAAGCCUUCAAAGCCCAUUUGCACGCAACCUACAAGAAAUGAACAAACGUCUGCCUCUUGUUUUAUCUGUGUCUGUUUUCUUGUUUGUAUUAAUGUAAAUUUUCUGUAAUGGGUCUGUGUUUAUUUCUGUGUUGUAUUAACCUUGCCUGAAUAAAAUGCUGAAUGAAAUGUGCAUAAUUAUUGGAAUAAAAAAGGUGGAAAAUAA